GCAGGAGGAAGUCGAGCAGGAGGAGAGUGAAAUCGAGGAGGAGGACGACAGUACAAACAGAACAUUGCGCGCAAGACAUUCGAAAAGAGCGCCCAUUUUACCCACGACAAGGCUGUCAAGGAAAAGACCUCAGCUUGACACUCCGACACGGACACCAAGUAGCAAAAGAAUGAGAUUGCAUGACGCGGACGAACUGGAGGCACAGUCCAGGUCCUCUCGACCAUCAGCGAUGAAUCACUCCAUAGACUCCUCGUUUUGGGAUGAUUGGGAUAUGAAGAGGGAGUCUUAUGCUCCGCAAGAGAAACAUGCCAACCGUUCUAUCAAAGCUACUCGAGUUUGGCGGAGACUUGCUUCUCUGCCUUCCGCACCCUUCAAUGGCAGGCCUCAGCAAGGCGUGUCUCCCGGUCGUGUUAAUACAUUAGUCAAGAUGGUGCUGGCGGUGCUAAUGGCCAUGCUUUUGGAGCAUUGAAAGAGGUCAUGACCUUCAUGCAGCGAGAUGGAAGAGCCACCAUGGCUGGGGUGUUCAGCCAAGACCCUAAAGCCCUUGUCAGUGCCGUCAACAGUGUCGACACAGCGGAUAACUUGAACAGCUAUCUACGAAGGUUCGCGUUGGCUCGACUGGCCAGACUGUAUUCCGAUACGGUCGCGAACAGAGGCCUUCUAGGGCACGACGAAGAUGGUUCACGCCUGUCCCUGCGGACAUCAACAAACAAGGCAUACAAGGCCGAGGCUUAUGUGUCUCUGAUCCAGCAUAUCUGGGACGUGGCCUUUCCUGCUCGAUUUCGGGGGAGGAACAAGACCAGGAGUGGCCUUAUCGACUCCGGCGAACCUGAUGCCGUUCGGUGGAACCAUUACAAAAGAAAACUGGGCAAACAGAUCGAAGCCGGCCAACGAUGGCUCAGAUUCGCCGACAAAUUCGGGUGGUCAGCUCUAGGGCUGGUGACCCGAGACUGGUUUAUUGACGAGAACAGGGUGGUAGCCAAUGACCGAAUAUUCGAAGAGAUCUUGGCAGCAUCGGAGCUCGGCACACUGUUGGAUGAAUUAGAGUCUGUGAAAGGACGAUUUUUGCGGCAGCUGAACAAGACUCUCGGUGGAAGCCUGUUCGACCUGCUGGCGGAUUCGAAUCGCGCACAAGGAUUACCUCUGUUGAAACUUGAUGACCAUGAUAUUUUGACACGGCCGGACUGCGAUCAGUCCUGGUUCGAUGACUUUCACUUGAAUGAAAAAUAGCGUGAAGCAGAUAAUCUGAGAAAUAGAUCUUGUGUAUUGCAACACUCAAG